AUGUCUUCAGAAUCUAGAACCUAUUCAUUCAAAAUCUUUUCGAUUUUGACCUAUGCUCUGUCAAUUUACGGGGAAGUUCGUUACUUCCUCUUCAGAACCCACCACAGCAGGUCUUAUUUGACUCCGUUCACUGGAAACUCCACACUCGACUACAUCUAUGUUAUUGCCACACUUUUGCUUCAAUUGUUGUUCGUCGUCCAGUACUUUAGCCAAGAUGGUACUGUUUCAGCCAGAGAACAAAAGAAUGUGUUGGAACAGGUCGGAUACCACUUCUCCAUCUACAAUGUUCUGAACUUUAUCUGGGUCUAUCUUUUCAAGCACAAGAGAUUUUUGUUUGCUGAGAUUGUUUUGUUUGUCAAUCUAUUCAAUCUGCUGUCUCUGUACUUCAUCCACAAGACUUAUGCCAUUAAGGAUUUGGGCCGUUGGUUCACUAUCCAUCUUUCAACGGUGGCUUUACCACUUUCGUGGAUUCAGUAUGCUAUUUUCUGGAAUGGUGCUGCUUUAUUCCACUCCCACUAUGUCUCCUUAUUACCACGUCUGCUGGCCAAUCUUUUGAUCUGGGAGUUUUUGUUGGUUCCAGCCUUCUUCAUUGUUGUGUUUGCUGAUUACGGAGUGGGUUUCUCCAGUUCAUACCUCACCCUCAGUAUCGCUGUUGGUCAACUUUUGACUAAGGUUAUUGGUCUACAAUGGAUCUUUGGGUUCGUUAUCGCUGGUACCAUCUUCCUUCUGUCAUUACUGGUCUCCACUGGUGUGCUGGCUGGAAAAGUAGCCAACAAUAACAACGUGCUUGGUUCCGACAGAGAACAAGCUCCACUGUUGACCUAG